CACGGGCCAACCAAGAAAGUCCCCGUGGUUCCAAUCAGUCGGGGAGAGAACGAAGCGGCAAUCGGUAGAUCGAUCGAACAAACGAUCAAUCGAACGAUCGAACGAUCCUUGACGACAAGGAUCGAUUCCGUCAGAGUUUGCAUAGGUAUCCUACCGUUUCUGGACCCAAAUAUUCCGAGAGGGAGAGGCUCGUUCCAUCCGCACACCCAGAUACACACAAUCACGUACGAACGGAUCUCAUGGGAAAUUGUCAGUCCGGAAACAGCACCAAGCACGUGCGCGUGGGAGAAGAGUUGCGUCCACGUUCGACCGUCGGAUCGUCGGUGCGGCAUGCUAGUCCCACGCCAUCGCGUCCCGUUGCCGCGGACGGUACGGACCUCCCCAUUUCUCCCGACAACGAGCCGUUGGAAUCCGCCCUCGAAAACAAGAUUCUGGAACACUGGGCGGAUGAAACCACACAGUCGUCCACCACCGAGCCCGGAUACGACGAAGUCGAAGACGUCCUCAUACUCACCCGGACUGCCGCUGAAAUGGCCAGUCGGAGUCCGACGCGGCCUACCGCGGAUGCGGAUCCCGAUAAUGGUGCCGGAAGUCAUCUCCGGCUUUCGCCACCCCGCGAAUCUGUUCCUCACGGUGCCGUUCUCUCCACCACCGGCGAUCCGGCAACCACCACGACGUUGACCUCGGUCACCGCGAUACCCAUUACUCCGGAUACACCGGGAGACGAUCGAGACGAUCGCAAUACGCUCCUCCAAAUGCCACAACAACAACAUCCGUCCUACUACGAGGAUGACGACCAAUCGAUCGAAGUGGUUUCGGUCGCUUCCGGUGCGUCUUCCUCGCGACAGCGGCACACCGCAGGACGACUACUGGUCUCUCCCCCGACCCUCCCGUCACCCCGACAGCGACAACCGGAAGUCCUCUACGAUAUGGCUCCCGCUAAACCGUCCCGUCCACCGACACCCUCGCGACAGCGCCUUCGACGGGGCGGGAGAGCCUACCAAGCUCGUGUAGAAAAAGCCCGAUACCUGCAAAUGAAACUCAACCAGUCCGGUGGAUCCGGGACGGGACCCACCAGCGGUGCCAACGCCUUGCGAGCGCUAUCACCCUUUGGCGAAUCCAUCGCCGGCAUGAGUAUCCUGGAAGACGAAGAACUAUCCUGUACGGAUCACUCGGCGCGGUCCCGCUAUUCACUCAACACCUCGUCACUACUGGCCGCCAGCAACGAACUGUUCAACGCCACCACCUCCCGCGGAGUCUUGUGGGCGGCCGCCGCGACCCAGGACCACACACCCGUCACAACCGUUACCUGGUCGCGGUGUUCCCCCACACUCCAAUGUGCGGCACCGCCGCUCUACGUCGCCUUCGGAACCGAAGCCGGCCUCGUGCAAGUGCAAGAGGCCCGGACCACUCCACCGGUGCCGUCCUCACUGGUGUUGAGUCGUGACCCCAAACACCAAGGGACCGCAACUUCCAAGAACAAUACUUCCAAGCUCGGACCGGUCGUUGCAGUACCCCGAGGAUCCCGUACACGUUCAAUCGAUUUUUCUCGAAACGGACAGUACCUCGCCGUCGGUGGCGACGACUGCAUUUGUGCCGUCUAUCGAGUCAUCCACGAGCCAACCCCGGAUGACCCCGACGGAGAAUCCAAGUUGCGUUUGGAGCCGCUCGUGGAAAUUUCCCGCGUGGAUCGAGUGUACGCGGUGCAGUUUCGACCGGACGGCAAAUAUUUGGCCAUUGGCGGUUUCGACGGCACGGUCGCAAUUGUCGCCACCUCGAAUUGGGAAGUGACCGCCGAGAUUGCUCGAGACGGACUCGUUUUGUGUCUGGAUUGGAGUCCAGACGGGAAGCUCCUCGCCCUCGGCGCCAGCGACAAAUCCUGCGCCAUCGUACACGCCGACUCAUCCUGGAAGAUCCGAACGGAGUUCCACCGACCCGCAGAUGUUGUAGCGGUAAAAUGGCAUCCCAAUGGCCGUCUCUUGGCCGUUGGCUCUUCGGAUGUGGCUAUUGUGGAAGCCCAUUCCUGGAUCACCCGCCAUGAAAUUGAUACCAAACCCACCGCCGGCAGUCCCCUGCGUCGGUCCGUUUACAAAGCUCACGCCCUUUGCUGGAGCCCCAACGGAAGCUAUCUCAUGUUCGCGGGGACCAACGGGACUCGUUGUGUUUUGUUGGAAACCAAAUCGUUUACCAUGUUGCACGAGAUUCAGAGGGACGAAGUUGUGACGAGCGUCGCCUGGGGCGAGCAAAUCAUUCGGGAAGGUAUUCCACGGCGCUUCAUGGCGAUUGGUAGUGAAGACGGGUCCGUUGCUAUUAUGCAAGCGGGUUUGGAAACCCGGUCCGGAGCGUCUACGGUUGGCGACGACGUGUCUUCAAUGUCGCAAAUGUCCAACGCAAGUUCGUAUUUUAGUACCCGUGGAGAGUGGGAAUUGCGCGAAGACGUCUUUGACGAUAUCGAAGGCGAGUUGGUCGACGCCCCGGACAAUCGCGCAAAGGCCCAAUCCGGAACCUGUGUUCGCGCCCUGGCUUUCUCACGAGGUAGCAAGUCCCGGCCGUCCGCUUAUUUUGCCGUGGCCACUGAUGAUUGCGUCGUCACCGUACGAUCCACCGUGGGCUGGAAAGUUGUGUCGCGGGCAGAAUUCGCCCACCCGAUUCGUUGUCUCGCCUUUUCCAACGGCAGUCGCUUUCUCGCCUUGGGUGGAGAAGACGCCAAACUCAGCAUUCUCGCUACUGUCCCGUCAUGGACAGUAGUGACCGAUUUUUCCUUCGCCGCACCGUUGACCUGCUUGUCGUUCAGUAAAAACAACGAACGCCUCGUGGUUGGGAGCUUGGACGGCACACUCACUUUCCUGGAUCCCCGCAAGAAUUGGCAAGUUGUGGGAGAGAUUCACGACAACGAGUCGCCGGUUUUAUCUUUGGACUGGAGCACCCAGAACUUGGUUAUUGGCCGGCACGACGGAUCGGUGCAGAUUUACGAUUCGGUUCAAAUUCUACGUAAUAGUCUUAAACCGUCGAAGCAGCUCGAUGUGUCGGCACCGGCACGAGCCUUGGCCUUUGGGGUCAAUAGCCGAUUCCUGGUGGUGGGUGGUGGCAAUGGUGUCGUUAACGUGUACAGCUCCAAGGGUGGUUGGGUACUCUGUCACCAGAUAUCGGAAGGUGACGUGGGCAUCGCUAUGUUAAGGUGGAGUCCAACCGGACGAUUCUUGGCGUACACUGGAGAAUCACGGUUGUUCAAAGUUGUCGAUACCGUCUUUUGGGCCGAUGUGGAAGAGGCCGACGAGAUGAUGGCGAUUGCUAAAUCCGUCCCUAGGGAACAAGAGGACAAGUCGCCCGCUCUAGCUUUUAGCCAGGAUGGCAAUCUAAUUGCCUGCGGUGCCAACGUGUUCGACUGUCGACGGUGGGAGUCGGUUUUUGCACUCCAACAGAAGAAAGUUGGACGCCACAAGACCGGUAGUAACAGUGACGGAGAACACUCUAGUCUAUCCUCACGGGAAGAACAAUCUAACGUGAUGGUGAUUGCCGAAGAAUAGAAAGAGUAUAUGUUUGAGUUGACGCUUUUAGCAAUGCACGGCAUUUUGUAUCCAUAGAAGCCCAAAGCGGUAGGCCAGGCGAUGAUGAUUUAUUUCAAUGUAUUGUUCCGUAAACAAAAAUGUUGCAUUCCU